CGAAAUGUCCGCCCGCUCUUCCUCCUUCUCCUCCUCCUCCUUCCCCCCGGCACCGGGACCCUCGGGCCGCUCGCCCGGGCCGGGGCGGAAGGGCUGGAACUGCCCCCCGAGCGAUCCCGGGCCGCAGAGGUCUGUGUGCUGAGCUGCUUUUCCAUCACCCUGGAAAUCCCCUCGUUCCCCUUUCUCCGGGCUGUGCCGUAGCUGAGCUGUUGGGAUAAUGGAGCUCCAGGCUGUGGUAUCCACGCUGGAAAGUGGGGAGCAGGACACGGUUCUCAAGGUGCUCCAGGUCUACAACCAAGAGAAAUCUCAGUGCUUCAUCUUCGAGGAUGAGGAGCGGGAAGAAAGGAAGAAAAUGGCCCAGCUGCUGAUCAAGUUCUUGGAAAGGGAGCUGCAGCCAUCCUGCCAGGUCACCUGCCUGGAGAGCAUCCGCAUCCUGUCCCGGGACAAGCACUGCCUCGACCCCUUCACCACCAAGGAGGGCCUGAAGACCCUCUCCAGGCACGCCGGCAUCGAUUACUCCGAGGAGCUCAUCCGGGAGGUGCCAGACUUGGAUGUAAUCCUGGAAUCCCUGAAAUGCCUGUGCAACAUCGUGUUCAGCAGCGCCAUGGCGCAGGAGCUGACGGCGGAGGGGCGGCUGGUGGUGGGGCUGGCACGGCGCAUCAAGCUCUACAAUGAGCGGAGUCUUCCUCACGACAUCAAGUUCUUUGACCUGCGCCUGCUGUUCCUGCUGACGGCCCUCAGGGUGGACAUCCGGCAGCAGCUCGCCCAGGAGCUCCGGGGAAUCAGCCUCAUGACAGACACCCUGGAGCUGACCCUCGGGGUCAAGUGGUUGGACCCCUACGAGGUCGCCACCGAGGAGGGACUGCUCCCACCUUUGCCUCGGCAGGAGACAGAGCGAGCCAUGGAGAUCCUCAAAGUGCUCUUCAAUAUCACCUUUGAUUCCAGCAAGAGGGAGGUGGAUGAGGAAGAUGCUGCUUUGUACAGGCACUUGGGUGCCCUCCUGCGCCACUGCCUCAUGAUCUCUGCCGACGGUGAGGACCGCACCGAGGAGUUCCACAGCCACACAGUCAACCUGCUGGGCAACCUGCCCCUGAAGUGUCUGGAUGUGCUACUGACUCCCAAAGUGCGGCCGGGCUCGCUGGAGUACAUGGGUGUCAACAUGGAUGCGGUCAGCAUCCUCCUGGACUUCCUGGAGCGGCGCCUGGACAGGGGCCACAAGCUGAAGGAGAGCUUGACCCCUGUGCUGAACCUGCUGACGGAGAGUGCCCGAGUCCACCGGCAGACCAGGAAGUUCCUGAAGGCCAGGGUGCUGCCACCGCUGCGGGACGUGCGGAACCGGCCGGAGGUGGGGAAUUCCCUGCGGAACAAGCUGGUGAGGCUCAUGACACACAUUGACACCGACGUCAAGCACUGCGCUGCUGAGUUCCUCUUCGUGCUCUGCAAGGAGAGCGUGUCCCGGUUUGUGAAGUACACGGGCUACGGGAACGCCGCGGGGCUGCUGGCGGCACGGGGCCUCAUGGCCGGCGGCCGGGAAGAGGGGGAGUACUCGGAGGAUGAAGACACGGACACAGAGGAGUACAAAGAGGCAAAGCCCAACAUCAACCCUGUGACGGGACGUGUGGAGGAGAAGCUGCCCAACCCCAUGGAAGGGAUGACGGAGGAGCAGAAGGAGCAUGAAGCCAUGAAAUUGGUCAACAUGUUUGACAAGUUGUCCAGGGAGAAGGUGAUCCAGCCCAUGGGCAUCACUCCGAGCGGCAACCUGGCGCCCAUGGAGAACGCCAUCCGCAACAUCGCUGACGAGCGCUCGUCCUCCGACUCGGACCUGGGGCUGGACUGAGGCAGCUCCAGCC